GCACACCAAAAAAUUCAUAUUUGGCUGGAAAUAUAUUUGAAUUUAUACCUCUUAGGAACCUAAACAAAGCAGUCAGCAACAGAUGGAGGUACAAAUGCAACAGAAUUAAAGGAAACAUAAUACCUAGACUAGCUGACAAGAUGAAAUCCCAAAAUCUGAGCACUGCAAUCAAAGAGCCAUCGACUCUACUGAAUUGAAUUAGUUCAGUUACAUAGCCCUUUUCAAGAAUAAAAAGUCUAUUAAAGAACAUAAAAUUAAAUAAGUUUUACCAUAUUAUUAGUCUUUCAAAUUAUAAUUACUUGACAUAUACUACUUUUAUAUUAAUAUAAGAAAUAGAAGAAUUCUGGGAACUAAGUCAUGUAAAAAUAGUCCAUAAACCAGACAGGCAGAGGGACCCAGCAGAGACGAGCAAAGCCUGCAAGUCAUCACAUUCCAUCAGAAACAUCCAGUUGAAACCAAAUGAAACAGCACUUCAACAACACUACUAAACAACUGCUGCGACUACUGAACUCAGAAACACGGCAAGAGAUCAUAUUUGAAAUAUGGCUGAGAGUGACCUCCUCUACCCAGAGAACCCAAGGAGGCGGGAAGAAGUACGCCAUCUUCACCAACAGCUCCUUGACUGCUUAUCGGACAGCUUCCGUGCCACCAAUGAGCUGAUUGGAGUUUUAAAUAUGCAUUUGGGGUGCAGGCUGGCCUCCAUUGAGAUGAACAGAAAUGGGACCAUCAAAGAAAACUGUGAUACCAUUAUCCAAGCCGUGAUGGAAAUCCAAAAGGAACUGCAAAAGGUUGAUGAAGCACUAAAAGAUAAACUAGAGCCAACCCUUUAUAGAAAACUUCAGGAUAUUAAGGAAAGGGAAACAGAGAAAAUUGCAAUCGUACAAAAGGUUAUUUCAGUCAUCCUGGGAGAAGCCACUUCUGCAGCCAGUGCAGUGGCUGUUAAACUCGUGAGCUCAAAUGUCACAACUGGCAUAAUUAACAAGUUGGUCACUGUGUUAGCUCAAAUUGGUGCUUCUCUCCUUGGUAGCAUAGGAGUUGCUGUUCUUGGCCUUGGCAUAGAUAUGGUCUUCCGUGCCAUCCUAGGAGCAGUGGAGAAAACGCAGCUACAAGCAGCCAUCAAAAGUUAUGAGAAGCAUCUGGUGGAAUUCAAGUCAGCCUCAGAAAAAUAUCAUCAUGCCAUUACUGAGGUCACUAACACAGUGAAACACCAAAUGAAAUAAACAGCCACCUUAUUUGCCACUGGAAUAUUUUCUGCUUCUCUUUCAAUAAUAGUGUUUGGUUUCUUGGAUUAGCUUCAUUUUCCAUAAGCUUCCAACAUAGACAUAAAUAUCAUAACAGAUUGGGAAGAUUCCUUGAGUUUUGCAUCAGUAACAAAUGUCUGGACCAGUUGGUGCUAAACCGUGGGAGAGAAUCCCAGGAUUCUUCUAACUCUCCUCUACCAGCUCAAUAUUAGGGUACAUGCUAAUGUAGAGUAGCAGGUGUAGGGGUUGCCUUUUCCUUUCUAAUAUCAAGUAAAAAUCUUUAAAAUGUACAUUGAAUGCAAAAGUUUUUAUUCCUAACACUUCACACAUCAUUUAGUUCUAAAAGGACAUACUUUGUAAUUUCUGCCUGGAUACAAAUCCUGGGCCUUUGAAUGUAAUAGAAAACACUACCAUAAUUUCAACCAUCAGUUUAAAUCCAAUUUUCUGUAAACUGGAAAAGACUGGAAUAUGGUUUGUAACGUCUUACUUCUAUGAUGAAAAGAGUCAUGGUUCUGUAAACUUCUAAAUUAAACACUAUAAUCUGAAUGGACUUUUUAAUGGAUAAAAAUUUAAAACUAAAAAAAAAAUAAAGGUUUUGUUUCUAUAAGUAUA